AUGCAUGAGAAGAAGAAGAUGAAAGCGAAGAAAGGAUGGGUGGCGGUUCAAGUCGGGUUGGAAGAUGAAGAUGCCCGCUUUCACAGGUUUUCAAUCCCAAUCUCCUAUUUGUAUCAUCCUCUCUUUCACAACCUUCUUGACAAAUCUCGCGAAAUCUACGGCUACAACACGUCAGGACCACUCGUCCUACCCUGCUCCGUCGAAGAUUUUCUACACCUCCGGUGGCGGAUUGAGAGGGAGACCGCCGGCAGCGGCGGUGGAGGGAACCACCACCGGCACCUCCUCCCGGCAGCUGCUUCUUUCUCAUUCCAUUACUGUUAA